GAGAGCAGCAGCCGGAGGAAGAGGAAGAAGGCAGGAGGAAGGAGGAAGGAGGAAUCAGAGCGAGAGAAACAGUGUGGCUGCGGUCAGGAAGGAUACAGACACAGAGAGAGAGAGAGGGAGAGGAGGAGAUACACAGAGAGAGAGAGAAGAGAAGGUUUCCCCUCCUCACCUCACUGACCCAUGAAAGAAGCCAUGCCGGUGCUAACAGCAGGAGCAGGGCUUCACGAAACGUUGGCCCUGCUGACCUCUCAGCUGCGGCCCGAUGCCAACCACAAGGAGGACAUGGUGUUCCUCAAAGACGUGUUCAGUGAGAGAAGCCUGGGAUACCUCAUGAAGAUCCAUGAGAAGCUGAGACAGUAUGAGAGACAGAGUCCGGCACCUGUUCUCCACAGUGUUGCUUCUCUGGCAGAGGAUGUUGCGGAGGAUCUGCAGGGUGGACCAAUGAGCAAUGAGGAGAAGGAGCUGCUGCACCUGUUGACGUCACCACAUCUGAAGGCUGUUCUCUCAGUGCACGACACUGUGGCUCAGAAGAACUUUGACCCUGUGCUGCCGCCGCUGCCCGAUGACUUCGAGGACGAGCUGGAGGAGGAGUCCGUGAAGAUUGUCAGACUGGUUAAGAACAAGGAGCCUCUGGGAGCCACCAUCAGGCGGGAUGACGCCACUGGGGUGGUGAUGGUCGCUCGGAUCAUGAGAGGAGGUGCAGCUGAUCGAAGCGGUUUGGUCCAUGUUGGUGAUGAACUCAGGGAGGUCAACGGAAUCUCUGUGAUCCACAAGAGACCUGACGAGAUCAGUCAGCUGCUGUCCCAGUCACAGGGCUCCAUCACUCUCAAGAUAAUCCCUGCCAUUAAGGAAGAGGAUCGACUGAAGGAGAGCAAGGUGUAUAUGAGAGCCUUGUUUGACUACAUCCCGCUGGAGGACAAGGCCACGCCCUGCCAAGAGGCGGGACUUCCCUUCAAACGAGGAGACAUCCUGCAGGUCGUGACGCAGGACGACCCCACGUGGUGGCAGGCCAAACGCGUGGGAGACAGCAACCUGCGGGCCGGACUCGUCCCGUCCAAACAGUUCCAGGAGAGGCGACUGGCCUACAGGAUGAAAAUGGGCACACUCCCGAAUCCAAAAUCCCCUAAAAAGCCCGUCUACGACCAAGGAUGUGAUAAAGAGGACUGUGACUGUGAGGGCUAUUUCAAUGGACAGUACAUAGUCUCUCCUAAGUGUAAAGCAGUGGCGCCCUCCUGUGGCCAGGUGUUUUCCUGGGAAUUUUAUUCAGCUGGUUUACGGAGGAGUUUCAGGCUGAGUCGUAAAGACAGACAAGGAUCCUCAGGAGAGGGCUCUGAUCCCGGAGACUCCGACUACCUGACCUACGAGGAGGUGACCCGCUACCUGUGGAGGCCCAAUGAGAGGCCUCGUCUAGUGGUUCUGAUCGGUUCUCUUGGAGCACGGAUCAAUGAGCUCAAACAGCGGGUGAUUGCUGAAAACCCACAUCGUUAUGCUGUGGCUGUACCGCAUACCACAAGGCCCAAGAAACCCCACGAGAAGGAAGGGGUGGAGUACCACUUUGUCACAAAGCAGCAAUUUGAUGCAGAUGCUUUGAACAACAAGUUCAUAGAGCAUGGUGAAUACAAGGAGAACCAGUAUGGCACCAGUAUAGAGGCGAUCCGCUCUGUACAGGCCAAAAAUAAGAUGUGCGUAGUGGACGUACAGCCUGAGGCUCUGAGGAGGCUGCGGACAGCAGAGUUCAAGCCUUAUGUCAUAUUCGUCAAACCUCGUGUUCCUGAGAGCAGGCGACGCCGCAGUGCCACCACCUCGCCAGGAGGGGGAGACCACGGUCGCGUUACAGAUGAAGACCUGCAGGAGAUGCGCCAGUCUGCCAUUCAGAUCGAUCAGCAGUAUGGACACCUGGUGGACCGGGUCCUCAUCAAGGAGGACUCAGUCAGUGCCUGUGCAGAACUCCGAGGUAUUUUGGAGAGGCUGGAGCGAGAAUCCUUCUGGGUGCCUCUCAACUGGGUGCGGACCUAAAUUUCACUCUUCCCCCUGAAUCUUCUAGAGGAACUCCACAGCCCGCCCACCCAAAUCCUCUUCCCAAAUGACCUAAUUCCCCUCAAAGGCCCUUUUGCUGGUCUGGCAGUCUGCUGGACUCCCUCAGCACUGGUCAAACAGCCACUACUGAGGCUCCAAAUGAAAGUCUGUCCGAAUAUCAGUCUUUUCCAUCACAAUCGCUCCUUUCCCAUGUAAUUUAUUCAAGUUUGCUUUGAAUUUAUUUGACGACAGGGAACAGAAGCAGAAGUGUUUGAUUCCUCCCGCUGUCACUUCCUCGAGCUGCAUUGUUUACUGGAGUGUGUCAGGUUUGGGAUCCCACUCACAGGAUUGCUCAGUCAGUCAGCUUUAUCAUGACUCCUGUUGGAGUACAUUUAGUAGCAUGUUUUUUAUUCAGCUCAAUGCCACAUACAGAAUUAUUUCAAUGCAACCUGUUUACCUUCAGUCCUGUGUGUUAUAAUGGUGUGCACAAAGUCUGUGUAGAUUGAUGUCACAGUGUGUGUACACAAACCACCCACAUAUGAUGCUACUUUGACGAUCAUGAAUGGGUUUUUUAAAGUUCCCUUGCACAUUUUUUAGACAGCAGGAGCAAAGGUGGAAACUCAAAGUAUUUUAUUUGAGAAUCAGAGUUUUGUUGAACUUGUGAUGUAAUAUCCAGAUUUUGAAUAAAAAAUAAGUUUAUGAAUCUGCAUCUAUUGAUAAUUAACUACUUGUUAAAUUUACCAACAUGUUUACAUGUUUAUACUCAUAAGAUAUAAACAAUCUGAAGACAACUUGCUAUUUUCUGCCAUUUUCUGAUGCAAAACUUUAUCAGGAAUAAGGGGCCGGAUAUUAAACAAAGACUAUUCUUGUAAAUUGCCGCCUUAUUUCGUAUACAAGGCCAAACACAGAAAAUGCAGAGUAAAAUGUGAUGUUAAAGGAUACAUCUGAACCCUCAUGAAAGACGUCUCAUAUGCACAAUGAAAGAUUUCAUGGUUGUAAUUGUACUUUUCUCUGAACUGACAUGAAAAUGACAUGAAAAUGACUUCAAAGAAAGUAUUGGUGGUGACGAUUGAACACAAUCCACCUCCAGAGUUUAGUCAAAUCAAGAGUUUCUCUAUUUCUGGUUCCAAACUGCCACAGCCCAGCACUGUAAACUGUGUGGACAGAGUUUUACAUUAAAAAGACAGGUUUUUUGGCGAAGAAUUGUUUUUUUUUCUCUAACUUCAGCUUAAAUAAAAUAAGUUUUACACAGACCGGGGAUCACAUAGAUCAAAUCCCUUGAGGAUGGGAUCUCUUACAACCAGUGCAAAGAGGAGUAAUCAUUGAAGGUUUGCAACCUUAGACUCUUUCUUUGGUCUGAUACACCUUAAAUGUCAACCAAUCCUGAAAUGACACAAAUCAGAUUAUAGGAUACUGAUAGGCUCAUGUCACAGGUGAUCACAACGUAAGUGGUCUGUCCUGGUUUAAAACAUUUUGGAUAAACACUCACUUUGAAUGUGUCCGACCCUUUCCGCUGUUUGUUAAAAAUGUGCUCUGUGUUUUUGAUCUUUUCAUGUUCUGUACGAACUAAAGAAACCCAGAAUGUUGAGUUUGUAACGUGACAUGUACAAAGUGCCAUAAUAAA